GCUGCUGCGGCUUGGAAAGGCGGCGAGUGGGCGACCCCCGCGCGCGCCCGGCCAGAAGCCUUCCCAGAUUGCUGUUGGGAGUUUGGGCCCUAUGAAAAGAACACAAUGACUGAACUUCAGAUCGACAGUUCCUGCCUGCCACCCGUCCAGGAAGUUUGCCGAGAUUUCGCUGUCCUAGAAGAUGGUGCGUUGGCCUAUUGUCUACAAGAACAAGAGAUCGAACUGCACUACGCUUCCAAUAUGCAGAAGAACCAGAUGGUCCAGAAUGACCGCCGGAUGGCCACGCGGCUUCAGAACCAGGAGGUGGAAGCCCAGAAGAUUCACGAUGGCAGGCCGCCCAAAGAAAGCCACGAGGGAGACCCGAAAAACGGCCAGAAAGAUCUUCCGGUGAAACUGGGAAAAGGGGAACGGAAGAAGGCCGGCGACCAGGAAAAGGACGAGAGCGGUCAGUCAAAGCAAAGGCCCUCACGUGGGACAAGAGAUGGCGUCCCCGAGGCCCUGCACUGGGAGAUGGCCAGACUGGAACUCCAGAUCCAGCAGCAGUUUCAAGAAGAUGAGGAACUGGCCCGGAAGCUGCAGGAGGAGGAAGAAAGAGAAGAGACGCGCGUUAGAGCCAGGAGGAACCGGGAGCAAGAUGACGAUUACCGGGCGGCUCAGGUAGCCCAGGAUGAGGAAAUUGCCCGCUACCUACAAGACAAGGAACUCCAGACCCAGUGGGGCUCCCCACGGCAGGAGAGGAAGCAGACCGAGCCCCCCGAGGGACAAAGCCAUUGCAACCCAGAGAAGGACUCCUGGCCGAGUGGCAGAAGCCCAGCCCUGCUGAGGAUCCAGGCCGAUCCAGAGGACACCAAUGGGACGGCGAAAGGAGCUGCCAUCCAGAAGAAGCCACAGUUUUGCCGAAAUAUCGCUGAAGUUCUGGAUCCAACUUUUCAAGCCACUAAAAUGGGGAUGCCUUCAGAUGUGAUGGAUCUGGGUACAAAAGCCCCCAGCCCAGGACCCCUGGCCCAGACGGACAGCCCCUUCGACUACCCGCCGAGGGUGGCAGCUCCCGUCUUCGUCUCCCCGACCAAACGACAGCCAGACAAGGUGGGCUGCCCGAAAUCCAGCAACAAAAAGGAAGGCUGUAGACAGCAGUGAGGUGGGGUGGGCUCCUCCUGCCCACGGUCUUCGGAUGCUUUUCCCGUCUCCUCCUUCUCCUUCUUCUUCUUCUUUUCUCUCCCAACUUUUCACUGAUGUCUUGGCUGGAUUGAUAUCUCAAACAGGAUGUCCGACUUUUAAAGCUCCUUCUUUCCUUCCUUCCUUCCUUCCUCUUAUUUCGACCUGAACUCCUCCGUCUUUUAAUUCAGCCGUCAAUCCCAUCAAAUGAACACACACACAAAAAGCGUCGGUAAAAAAGCAAAAAUAAUAAUAAUUACCCAUCACCAAAAACGGAAACGGGCUUUUCAGAGAGGGACGUUAGUCUAUCGGUGGCCCAAAUAUUCCCUUUUUU